AUGGCGCGGACGGCGACGCGCGCGGUGAGGACGACGACGACGGGGGGGGGGCGGAGGCGCGGAAGCGCGGUGAGACGACGCGGGGGGACGCGGGGACGCGCGAGCGCGAACGCGGCGGAUGAGACGACGGCGCGCGCGGACGCGGCGGCGGCGGUGCGAGAUCUGGCGAAGACGCAGUUGAACGGCGCGGAUGGGCCGAGGGUGUUUACGGUGCCGGCGGUGCCGGUGGCGGGGGCGCCGGUGAGGGUGUUCGCGGACGUGGAGCGGGCGGACGCGUUGCGGUCGGCGAGCGAGCGCACGCUCGUCGGCGGGUACAACCAGUGGAAGAUUGGGUCGUUCGAGAAGGCGAUGGAGCGGGUGGAGGGGACGAGCUGGGUGUACGUCGACGUUGACGUCGAUGAGCGGGCGUACGAAAUGUCUUUCGUGUUCAGGGGUGACGGACAGGCGUAUGAAAAAGACGAAGGCCAAGAUUUCGUCGCGGCGGUCGACUUCGGGCCGACGCCGGAGGAGUUUGUGGAAAUCCUAAAGGUGGUCGCCAUGGAAGACGCGGCGCGCGCGGAUGCGAACGCCAUAGUCGACGCUGAAAUGGCGUUCGCCCGCGAUGGCGUCGCGGGCGUCGGGGCGACGUUUGAAAAGUACGGGCGCCUCAUUUGCAAAACCUCCACGGGGGACGCGGGCGUCGCCGGUAGCACGGAGCGCGUCUUCUGGAACAAGGCACUGAACCCUAUUGGCGGUGACGACGCGGAGAAGCUCAUCAUGCACGUAGGAUUUAACGGUUGGAUGCGUGGCGUUGAGGAGAAGUUGACGCUCGUUCGCGCGACGGGCGAAACGAGAGAUGAAAAUAACGACUGGUGGGUCGCCGACGUCCCGAUUCGUCCUUCGGCGAGCGUGCUCGACUUUGUCAUCUCGGACGAGGACGAAAUGGCUUGGGACAACAACGAGAACGCGGACUACCGACUCGCCAUGGACGUCACGUCCGACGAGUCCACGUGGGAGGUCUUGCGAGAGCUCACAUUCGAAGAAAAACGCGCGGAGGCGCUGCGAGCUUUGGUUGAGGAAAAGCAGCGCGUCGCCCGCCGCGCGGAGGAGGCCGCGGCGGCCAAGGCGAAGGCUAUUGAAGUGGGCUUGAAGCAGCAGGCGUUCAUCAUUCACACCGAACCGAAAGUUCCCGAGGUGGGCAAGCCGCUCAAGGUCUUCUACAACAAGAACAACACCCACCUCAACUGGAGCGAAGAAAUUUACUUGACUGGCGGCUUCAACCGUUGGGCGCACGAAACCGCGGUGGCGCCGAUGAAAAUGACGCCUCCGACUGAGGGCGAAGAAUUUUUCUCCGCCACCGUGCCGAGCGUACCGUCUGACGCGUGGAUGGUCGACUUCGUCUUCAGCAGUGGCGUUGGCGAAGGUGCGCAGUAUGAUAACAAGGGCGGACGUGACUAUCACAUCCCGACGCGCGGAAGCGCGGCGAAAAAGCCGCCUCUGCACGUCGUGCACGUCGCGGUGGAGAUGGCACCCAUCGCCAAGGUUGGCGGUUUAGCCGACGUCGUCACCGCCAUCGGUCGCGCCAUUCAAGAUAAUGGACACUUAGUGGAAGUCAUUCUUCCGAAGUAUCAGUUUUUCAACAACUCAGUCUUGCUCGGCGCCAGAGAAUACGAAACGCACUUCGAUUGGGCGGGCACGACGAUUCGCGUCGAAAAGUGCAAGGUGGAAGGCUUGCAGUGCUUCUUCAUCGAGCCGCAAAACGGCAUGUUCCAGACCGACUCGGUGUACGGUAGAAACGAUGAUGCUGAGCGUUUCAACUUCUUCUGCAACGCUGCGCUCGAGUUCCUCCUUCGCACGGCUCGUCAGCCGGAUAUUCUUCACUGCCACGACUGGAGUUCGGCAGAAGUCGCGCGAGCUUACUGGGACCACUACCAUCACAAUGGUUUGACCAAGCCAAAAGUGGCGUUCACGAUUCAUAACAUGAACUACGGGCAAGCCAAGCUCGGUGAGGCCGUGCACCACUCACAGAUGACGACCACGGUUUCGCCGUCCUAUGCGGGUGAAGUCUCGGGCAGCCCGGUGAUCGGAGGCAACGGCGGCAAGUUUACCGGUAUUCGUAACGGCAUUGAUCCCGACAUUUGGGACCCCGAAACGGAUGCAUUCGUGCCGGUCAAGUAUAACGCCGAGAACGCUGAAAAGGGCAAGGCAGCGGCCAGGGCUGAGCUUCGCAGUCGCCUCGGCAUGACUGGUUGGGACGACAAGCCCAUCGUCGGCGUCGUCUCUCGUCUCACCGCUCAAAAAGGUGUACACCUGAUCAAGCACGCCGCACAUCACACCAUCAGUCGUGGUGGGCAAUUUGUGUUGCUUGGUAGCGCGCCUGAUCCCAAAAUUCAAGGAGAUUUCAACGGUCUCGCCAAUCAACUCGCCGGCGACAACUCUGGUUUCUUCUUCGCGUUUGACGAGCCGUUGUCGCACCUCAUGUACGCUGGUUGCGACAUCAUCUUGGUCCCGUCUAUGUUCGAGCCGUGUGGUUUGACACAGAUGAUUUCCAUGCGCUACGGUGCUGUACCUGUCGUUCGUGCCACUGGUGGCCUGCGUGACACCGUCUUCGACGUCGAUAAUGAAAAAGAGCGCGCGGCUUGGGAAAUCGCCGGUUCCACCGACUGGGAAAAAGAUGGCGACAUGACGAACGGCUUUAGCUUCGAAGGGACCGAUGAAGGUUCGCUCAACUACGCGCUCGAUAGAUGCCUCGAUGCCUUCUACAACGAUCGCGUGUGGUUCCGUUCGCUUCAAAAGCGUUGCAUGCUCCAAGACUGGUCCUGGAACAAGCCCGCGCUCGAGUACGAAGAGUUGUACUUCAAGAUGCUCGGGCAAUAA